GAAAGGAAGAAGAGGAGAACUAGACAUAAAAGAGUUGCAGCUGUUCAGAAGCUUUAUGAUGCAUGCAGAGAUGUUUUUGCUAAUUGUGGCCCAGGUGUUGUUUCAGAUGCUCAGGGUAUUGAACGCCUGAAAGAUAUUUUAAACGGAAUGACUGAACAUGAUGUUGGUGUCCGGCCUAAUAUGCCAUAUUUCAAGGUUAAAGAAACAGAGGGAUUUCCUAAAAUCACAUACCUACACCUUUCCGAAUGUGACAAAUUUUCGAUUGGAAUAUUUCUAUUGCCACCAACGGGUGUCCUGCCACUCCACAACCACCCCCAGAUGACGGUUUUCAGUAAGCUUCUGUUUGGAACCAUGCACAUCAAAGCAUAUGAUUGGGUCGAUAAUAUUGCUUCAAGCUCUGCUCCUAAAUCCGAUUCAUCAGAGUGUGAAGAAACGGCUGAAGAAAAAACCGAUAGCGUACGUUUGGCAAAGCUCAAAGUCAACUCCGACUUCACUGCCCCAUGCAACACAUCGAUUCUUUAUCCAACAGAUGGUGGUAACAUGCAUUGCUUUACAGCAAUAACAUCAUGUGCCGUUCUUGAUGUUUUGGGCCCGCCAUACUGUGAUGCCGAAGGCAGGCACUGCCAAUACUAUCGUACUCAUCCUUUCACCAGCUUUUCAGCUGGAGAUAAUAAACAGUUGCCUGGUGACGAUGAGAAGGCGAAAGAGCUAGACUACGCAUGGCUCGAAGAGAUAGAUAAGCCCGCAGGCUUAUCCGUGGUCGGAGCGCCAUACAACGGGCCGAGAAUCGUGGAGAAAGAGUAGAGAUCGAUCCGGAGUUGAAAAUGGCUGCACAAAACAGAAAGUUUCGUCUGUUUUUGUUUCGCAUUUGUUUUGUUUUAGGAUUUGUUGGGUAAAGAUGGUUUUGGUUUGCUUUGGUUUAAGAUGUUGUACAUAAACUUGACUUGAGCAUAAGGGUAGUACAUAUUUUCUUGAGUUGGAACGACCAAAUAAAAGUACAACGGUUGCGGGAGGUACACAUUUGGUCGUUCUAUGUCGGGAAAAAGUAUUCACCAUAAAUGGGGAUGGAUAUAAAGCGUACUUGUUUAGGACCAACAUGAAGUGGUUUAUUUUUUUUAAUGGUUUGGUGAUAUUUGCUA